AUGAGAGUGAAUAAUCAACGGCUUGUCCACCAACUCUUUGACUUUGGACUGGACCGAUCAACUCGCGGACAAGCAACAGAAUGGAUGGCAAAUGUGGAGAGACUCAAGCAUCGGGAGCAGAAUGUGAUCUUUCUUCGGCGCUGCAGAAACGCUGGUAUAUGUCCACCCGCGUUACACAACCCAAUCCGCUUCCCAACAGCCAUCAAGAACCUGGCUUAUACACAACGAUAUCAACGCGAAACCGAAAAACGAAUACUCGGACAACUCAUACGCGCGGAAUACCAUGCCAUCCACGCCUCGAAAUCAAAGGCCAACAAGCUGCAGGCAUCCAUGCACCGGAGAAGCGACCAAUACCAGCGACUAAAUGAUCUGGUCAACGCAGCAGCCCAUGCCAGCAAGACAAAAUGGAAAUCAUCCUUGAAGCAGAAAUUCAAGAGACUAACAGAAUCCCGAGAACAACCAGACGGUACACUACUACUGGGACCCGGCUGCGUGCCGAACAGCCCUCAGACCUCGAUGCCAGACAACGUCACUGAGAGACACAGGAACCUAACACAGAGAGUCAGUAUACUGGGAGAUAUCAGUGUAUCCGAACAGGCAGUGUCGCUUCUAGCAAAAGGCCCAAAAUUCGCCAUCACACCGAAAUUCACCAAGAAAGGACUGCAACAGAAGUUACAGACGGAGAUCGCUGUACUCGCAUACGGCAUUCGAUGGAAAGCCGCUGGGGAGAGAACCGGAACCGGUAUUGGUGGAACCUUCGACCCUAUCAAAUCAGAAUGUCCGUUCAAGAUCAGGAGAAAAGCACCGCCACGGGACAUAGACCCAGCCGAGCGAUCCAUCAAAGGUUUCAUCACGGACAUGGAGCGCAUUAUGAGAACGGCGGGGAAAUGGCAGAAUCCUAAACCCAACAUCUCCCACGCAGACCGGCAUGCGCUUAAAGAACUACGAGAACGUGAGGACAUCGUGGUCACUCGAAGUGAUAAAGGAGGCGAGAUGGUGAUCAUGAAGGCGGAGGACAUGCAGGAACUGUGCAGGGAGCACCUCGCCGACUCAACAACAUAUUGCAAGCUUCAAAAAGAUCCAACACCGACACUGCGCCUCACCAUCAACAAAGCUCUAGAGAAAAUUCUCAGAAGCAGAGAUUUCCCCAAGAUCAUCAUCAGACGACUCAAUACGCCACCCUGCGCAAGAACGCAACGGUUCUACGCACUGCCGAAAACACACAAGAAAUCUCUCAAGAUUCGCCCAAUCGUCUCGGGAUCAGGCGGCAUUUUCGAAAGACUCGGUUGGAUCCUCCAUUUCAUCUUCAAGCCAUUGCUGCUUAACGUGAGCGCCCACAUCAGCAGCACGCGGGACCUAAUAGCCCAAUUUACGAGCAACGAAAACAAACUGAAGAAGAAAAUCCCCAUCUCAUUCGACGUGAUCUCGCUGUACACAAACAUUGGCAUUGAAGAAGGAAUCAGCACCGUCCUCGAAUACGCGAACCGCUUCAAAAUCAAUACCUACUCCCUCACACCGGUCGACCUAAAAGAGCUACUCGGGCUGAUUCUAUAUAACAACGUGUUCCAACACCCAACCCUUGGAACAUUCAAACAGACAAGGGGAUUGGCGAUGGGCAGCAGACUCAGCGGCACAAUAGCUAUCAUCGUCAUGGACCGCUUUGAACAGCGCCACAUUUACAGAAACAUCUCGCCGCCAUUGCCAGUGUUCGUUCGCUAUGUAGACGACUCGGGAACCGCAGUUGACACUCCUGCGGAAGCACAAUCUCUACUGACCAAACUCAACGGAAAACACCCGACAAUCAAGUUUGAACUGGAGUUGCCGGACAAAGAUGGUUUCCUACCAAUCCUGGAUAUCAGACUAAAGAUUCUUCCUGACGGCAAAAUCACACACAAGCUCUACGUAAAAGAAGCAAACAAAGGGAUAACACUGCACGCAGAUUCCCACCAUCCAACGGCGGUUAAGAUGGCGGUCAUUAACAAUGAAUACAAACGAGCACAAGACAACAGCACGCCUGAGUUUGCGGAGGAAGCCAGACGCCUCAUCUCAGAUAAACUUGCAGGGAACGGCUAUUCUGCAGAACACAUCAUCAAAGCGCGCGCCCGAAGAAGAAACACAAGUAAACAAACAAAAGGGAAACAACUGGUAUUUAGAAUACCGUACAUCUCCGACAAGGUUAACGGCCAAGUACGACAGGCACUUAAGAAAAACGGCAUAACGGCACGCCUCGUUAACCCUCGACCCCCAACCAUCCAAGAACUCACGAAGAAAAAAGGAGAACCGGAAAAAUGCAGAAUGCGCGAAUGCCCUAUGUUCAGGAAGAAAUGCACCUGCAGAUUUGCCGUGUACGAAGCUACAUGCCACCUUUGUCACGAGAGAUACGUCGGCUCUACUGGGAGGCAAGUGCACACCCGGGCCCAAGAGCACACAAAUGCUGCAAAAUCUCAUGACAAGAAGUCUGCAUUCGGUGUGCACUACGCUAGGGAACACCCGAACGCCACCCCAGAGAUUAUGUACGAGAUUGCUCAGCUCACGGAGAGGGAUGAGCUGAGGCUCCGGAUCCGUGAGGCAUAUGCCAUUCGCGACAAGAAACCAACUAUCAACAGAAGAAAAGAAGAUAUGGGAACUGGAUUCUUGGCAUAA